AUGCUCCUUAACGAAUAUGGGGAACCAAGACUCCUGGUUCCACGAGCAAUGCACUUCCAGCUUCAUCAGUGUUCACCAGAGUGUUCCAAAGCAACAGAGAGCUUGCUGGAACAUGAAUCUCUGAAAGGUGUUAAUCCACUCAUGAUACCUGAAUUCUUUGGCUUUAAGAGGUACAUCCUACAGUAUUCAAGCAAAGACUGGAAUGCUACAACUCGUGCUGUAGUGUACAGGACCCCGUGUGGACGCAUGCUCAGGAGUGAGUUGGAAGUGAGGCGAUGGCUCAGAUUCACUAAGAGCCCCCUGGGCAUUGACCUCUUCACCUUUGAAUCUUCAAUCAACAUCAAUCACGAAUUUUGGGGCAAACAAUCCCGCAUCAUCAAUAGAGACUUGUCCCAGGGAAAAGAGAAAGUCACAAUUCCUGUGGUUAACAACAUUGACUUUGAUCAUCCUCAACUCCAGUAUAACACUCAUCGCUUUGCCAAAGAUGGAGGAGUGCAACUGGUCACAGAUGAGAAAUUUCUUGUCUCAUGCAACUGCACUGAUGAUUGCUUUGACAAGGCAAAGUGUGAGUGUGCAAAGCUCACAAAGGAGGAAUGCAUGCGGAUCUUUUCAAGAAACACUCUCCAGGACACAGAGAUUGGCUACAUCUUCCGCAGGCUCAAGAAGCAUGCAGCAUAUGCCAUCUAUGAAUGCAAUUCCAAGUGUAUGUGUCGCAAGACAUGCUUGAAUCGAGUGGCCCAGCAUCCAAUGCAGACCAAGUUGGAGCUCUUCAAGACCUCCAGGAAGGGCUGGGGUGUGCGAACUCUUAAUGACAUUCCAAAAGGCUCAUUUGUCUGUGCCUAUGCUGGAGAGCUUCUCACUAGUGACAUGGCUGAUAUGACGGGUAAGAAAGAUGGUGAUGAAUACUUCUGUGAUCUUGACUACAUGGAGGUGGCAGCAAAGACUAAAGAUGGAUAUGAAAGUGAUGUUCAGGAACCUCUCUCUGACUCAGAGGAAGAUGGAGGCUCCAUGUGGUGUGGACUGGAUGAUGCAGGCAGUUAUGUCAUGGAUGCAAAGUACAUGGGGAACAUUGCCCGUUACAUGAAUCAUUCCUGUGAACCUAACAUCUUUGUCCAGAGUGUGUUUGUGGACACUCAUGAUCCUCGAACCCCUUGGAUCACAUUCUUUGCUGAGAGAAACAUUCGUGCUGGUGAGGAACUGGCAUGGGAUUAUAAUUAUACUGUGGGAAGUGUUCCUGGAAGACAGCUCAUGUGCCACUGUGGAGCUGCUAACUGUCGACAACGUCUCCUUUGAUCUCUGGACUCUCUCCAUUCCUUUGUUACAUUGGACUCAAAGCAUUCACUGACUGCUGUUGGAAUAUCAUAUUGUUAUCAUGGUGAUUCACUGAAACGGUUUUCAUUCAAGC